AAGCCCUGCUGUGCCUGGCCCCUGCUCGUUCCCGCACCCCGCGCCUGGCUCGGCCUGGCCCGGCGCACCCAGCCUGCGCACCCGGGCCGCCCUCUCCCCUCACAAAAUGGGGCCAGGCGCUGUCGCCCGCAGCGUCGGACCCGCGCGCCCCCGGUCAGCAGCGCCUCUGUCAGCGCCGACGCCGCCGGCCGCCCUAGGCCCACGGCGCGCGGCCAGGCCCCGCAGCCCCGCGGCCUACGAGCCCCGCCGCGGGCCCGGCCCCAAGCGCUGGGCCGCGUCUCCCGCGGGAGGCGGAGGAAGCGCAGCGGAGCGAGCCUCACAGCUCCUUCUUCUUCCUCCUCCCCGUCCCCCUCAGCCUCUCCGCGCUGCUCCCUGCGGGGCCGCUCCGCUCCGCGUCGCGCCAGACCAGGCCGUGCGGCGGCGCAUGCCCCCGCCCCUCAGCGCUGGCUGCCGGGCCGAGCGGCGGCGGGGUCACGGCGGCGGCGGCCGGGUCAGAGGGUAAAGGUUGCUCCCCCAGCAUCCUCCGUGCUGGAUACUCAGCCAUCUUGGAUCCGCGGGACAAGAAAAUUCAUGCGGAAGUGGUCAUCGGUCAAAAUUUGCUUACUUCAGCAGAGACAAAAAAAUUAAUGGGCAAAAGUACAGUGAGUAGGCAGCCUCCAGACUGUUUUGGCUUUCCUGAAGCAAAGCUGGGUGACAAACAGCAUGUUUGGUGCUUCAAGGAAGAAGUUUGUAGAGGGGGUUGAUGGUGACUACCAUGAUGAAAACAUGUACUACAGCCAAUCAUCGAUGUUCCCACAUCGGUCAGAAAAAGAUGCAAUGUUGCAGAAGUGGAUCUUAGAAUGGGACUUCAAGAGGAGGAAGAUGCUGGCAUCACCAUCAACAUCAGGUCAGCUGUCUCAGUUUGGGGCAAGUUUAUACGGGCAACAAAGUGCACUAGGCCUUCCAAUGAGGGGAAUGAGCAACAAUACCCCUCAGUUAAAUCGCAGCUUAUCACAAGGCACUCAGUUACCGAGCCACGUAACGCCAACAACAGGGGUACCAACAAUGUCACUUCACACGCCUCCAUCUCCGAGCAGGGGGAUAUUGCCUAUGAAUCCUAGGAAUAUGAUGAACCACUCCCAGGUUGGUCAGGGCAUUGGAAUUCCCAGCAGGACAAACAGCAUGAGCAGUUCAGGGUUAGGCAGCCCCAACAGAAGCUCUCCAAGCAUAAUAUGUAUGCCAAAGCAGCAACCCUCUCGACAACCUUUUACUGUGAACAGUAUGUCUGGAUUUGGGAUGAACAGAAAUCAGGCUUUUGGAAUGAAUAACUCCUUGUCAAGUAACAUUUUUAAUGGAACAGAUGGAAGUGAAAAUGUGACAGGACUGGACCUCUCAGAUUUUCCAGCACUAGCAGACAGAAACAGAAGGGAAGGAAGUGGCAAUCCAACUCCAUUAAUAAACCCUUUAGCUGGAAGGGCACCCUAUGUUGGAAUGGUAACAAAACCAGCAAGUGAGCAGUCCCAGGACUUUUCAAUACACAAUGAAGAUUUUCCAGCAUUACCAGGCUCCAGCUACAAAGACCCAACAUCGAGUAAUGAUGACAAUAAAUCUAAUUUGAGUACAUCAGGCAAAACAUCAUCCAGCACAGAUGGGCCCAAGUUUCCUGGAGAUAAAAGUUCAACUACGCAAAACAACAACCAGCAGAAAAAAGGGAUCCAGGUGUUACCUGAUGGUCGGGUUACCAACAUUCCUCAAGGGAUGGUGACGGACCAGUUUGGAAUGAUUGGCUUGUUAACAUUCAUCAGGGCAGCAGAGACAGAUCCAGGAAUGGUACAUCUUGCAUUAGGAAGUGAUUUAACAACACUAGGUCUCAAUCUCAACUCUCCUGAAAAUCUUUAUCCCAAAUUUGCAUCACCCUGGGCAUCGUCACCUUGUCGACCUCAAGACAUAGACUUCCAUGUUCCAUCUGAAUACUUAACUAACAUUCACAUUAGGGAUAAGCUGGCUGCAAUAAAACUUGGCCGAUAUGGAGAAGAUCUCCUGUUUUAUCUCUAUUACAUGAAUGGAGGAGAUGUAUUACAGCUAUUAGCAGCAGUAGAGCUAUUUAACCGGGAUUGGAGAUACCACAAAGAAGAACGAGUAUGGAUCACCAGGGCACCCGGCAUGGAGCCGACAAUGAAAACCAAUACGUACGAGAGGGGAACAUAUUACUUCUUUGACUGUCUUAACUGGAGGAAAGUAGCUAAGGAGUUUCAUCUGGAAUAUGACAAAUUAGAAGAAAGGCCUCAUCUGCCAUCAACCUUCAACUACAACCCUGCUCAGCAAGCCUUCUAAAGACUUCCCUUUUCUUUGGGGUAUGGCUGUCUCAGCACAAUACUCAACAUAACUGCAGAACUGAUGUGGCUCAGGCAUCCUGGUUUUAAUUCCUUGAGGAUCUGGCAAUUGGCUCAUGCGAAGGGUCACCAUUUGAGGUCCUGCCUUACUAAUUAUGUGCUGCCCAACAACUAAAUUUGUAAUUGUUUUUCUUUAGUUUGAGCAGGGUCUGAAUUUUUGUUUCUGUUUUAUUUUUUGCCAGCAGACAAGCUUGGGUCUGUAAAGACAAGCAAGUACACUGACAAAAGUUUACCACUUAGUUUUCCAAAAUGUAAAAACAAAAAAAAAAGAAAAAAGACAAAAAAUUAGACAACAAAAUUUGCAUUGUUCAUUGUAGCACUAUUGGUAAUAAAAAAUGUUUGUGCAUUUUUAUGUGAAGAUCCUUCUCGUAUUUCAUUUGGAAAGAUGAGCAAGGUUUGCUUCCUUCAUUUUACUUCCCCUUCUGUUUUUGAAAGGCAGUUUUCGCCAAGCUUAAUGCAAGAAUAUCUGACUGUUUAGAAGAAAGAUAUUGCCACAGUCUCUGGUUAGUUUCCAGAGUUGUGUAUUACUGAGCUUCAUCUUUCCAGAAUGAGCAAAACACUGUCCAGUCUUUGUUACGAUUUUGUAAUAAAUGUGUACAUUUUUUUUAAAUUUUUGGACAUCACAUGAAUAAAGGUAUGUAUGUACGAAUGUGUAUAUAUUAUAUAUAUGACAUCUAUUUUGGAAAAUGUUUGCCCUGCUGUACCUCAUUUUUAGGAGGUGUGCAUGGAUGCAAUAUAUGAAAACGGGACAUUCUGGAACUGCUGGUCAGGGGACUACUUUGUCGCCCUGUGCACUAAAGGGCCAGAUUUUCAGCAGCCAAGGACAUCCAUACCCAAGUGAAUGUGAUGGGACUUAAAGAAGUGAACUGAGACAAUUCACUCUGGCUGUUUGAACAGCAGCGUUUCAUAGGAAGAGAAAAAAAAAAAAAAGAUCAAUCUUGUAUUUUCUGACCACAUAAAGGCUUCUUCUCUUUGUAAUAAAGUAGAAAAGCUCUCCUCA